AAACAUCGUUUCGGCAGAAAAAGAAACAAAAUUUUAUUUUUUGUAUAAAAAAGUGUUCCUUUGGCUUAAAGUUUGAAUGAAAUUUAGUUAGCUAAUGAUAAAUGGAAAAUUCAAAAUUACAAAAUUCUAAUGGAGGGGCUGCUCGACGGGACGAUUCGAGCAGCUAUUGUAGGGCAUUGCUACAGGACAUGAUAUGCUUCGUCCUCCUCUUCACAAUGGCCAUGCUGGUACUGUGGGCGUUCUUCUAUGUGAUGGAUGACAUGAUGAAGGUUCAAAGUCAGCCGCCAAAGCGACUUGGAAUACCUUUGAACGACACCAGUCCUAUGGUUGUGGGAUCUGAGUCGCCCCGACGCUGCCAUUGGCCCAACCAAUGGUGUCGGUUACUCUUCAAUUGUCCGAAACGUCAUGCACAUAUAUCGCCCGAUCCCAUGCCGAGAGCAGUGCCACUGGCGCCUGAUGCUGAGCCCAUUGCACCAGCUGUAAAGCCACUGACGGAAUAUCUGGGCAUAUCUAGCUGAGCUGCCAGAAAAAACUGUAAAUGUAAAAUGUGUCCCGUAAAAGUGAUUAUUGUGGAAAUGCUCGUCUUGUUAAGUUUUAAUUGUAUAGUGAAUAAUGAAUGUUAUAUGUAUGUGAAAACCGCCACUAGUUGCAAACCGCCUUGUUCGUCGUCGAAGUAAUGAUGAUGAAGCUAAGAAGAUAUGAAGCAUAAACAAGAGGCAUACACCCACCUUAAAGAAGGGUUAUCGAGUAUGGGAACUACAAACAACCAGACAUGAAAACACGAACGGAUUUUAACACACGGAUUGACCAAUAAUCAAAAUCAAAAUCGGUUAAAUCAAAAGUUGGCAUUAAUGCUAACACCGAUGGUAUGAUUCAGUACUGAGAGAGCAAUCAUUGUCUCUCAGUGUGUGGAUCUAUAAAACGAAUACAUAUGUGAGUCCAUAGACAAAUGUUGGCAUAAUUGAAUCGAUGUAUUCAGCACCUUUAGAGCGACAAAACGAAAAAUAUGUUGUUUCACACAACUAUAAAAUAUAAAUACAGCUAAAUAAUAACACCAAA